AUGCGUGAUUAUAAACAUCCAAAUAUUGUUGAAAUGUAUGGUUCAUAUUUAGUUGAUAAUGAAUUAUGGGUUGUAAUGGAAUAUCUUGAUGGUGGUGCAUUAACUGAUUUACUUGUAACAUCAACAAGUGAAACACGAAUGAAUGAACAGCAAAUUGCAACUGUUUGUAAAUCAGUACUUAAAGCACUUGCUUAUCUUCAUUCGAAUGGUGUUAUACAUCGAGAUAUAAAAAGUGAUUCAAUAUUACUUUCAACAGAUGGUUUUGUUAAACUAAGUGAUUUUGGUUUUUGUGCACAAGUUAUAAAUGAGAAAAAAGCACAAACAAUUAAAAGAAAAUCAUUAGUUGGAACACCUUAUUGGAUGAGUCCUGAAGUUAUUUCAAGAACACCAUAUUCAACUGAAGUUGAUAUUUGGUCAUUGGGUAUAAUGGUAAGUUAA